GGGCAAUGUCUCAGGUCCUUAAUACUGAUUUACAUCCUUACCACUGAAGCAUGUCUUUAAUGGCGCUCCAACCGGACAAGAGUGAGCGUAUCUACACCAGGAGGCCGACGAGUGCUGAGAUAGUAUCAGAAGCUCGUCGCUCUCUUAGGACUCUUGCCACACAACGCCCUUUCACACCUCAGGAGAAGCAACGGCAGCUCUUCGGAGAGUCGUCUUCUCGUCCACAUGACGGCCGUCCACCAUCUGCAUUUAGUCUUCAUGCCCGAAAUUUUGAAGCUCCUGACUCUAGACCUGGUUCUGGAACCCGCCUCAGCCCACUGGAGCACAAACCCAGGCUGUCUGUGUUUUUGGAUGAGGAUGGUCAUGAGGAUGAUGCAGUCCUUCCCAAACCUCCAGAGAGAGGGAAUACCAGGAGAGGUUCGGGAGGGUCUCGAGCCAGACAUCUUAGAACGCCAUCCAUCAACACGCUGCCACCCGUGGCAUCACAAUCAAAGAGUUCCGACAGGUCUCUAGAGAAAAGGACAGACCAACCAGGAGAUGGAGAAAGACUACAUUUUGCUGAUGUCACAGAGCAUAAGACAAAAGCAUCCUCAGAAACGGACCUGUGCACACUUUCCAAUCACAGUAGGAUGCUACAGUCAGCCAGAACUGGAUCAAAACCAGAAACAAAGCGUGACACAGAAGACGAUAACAUAGAUGAGUCUCAGUUCUGGAACUGCAAGGUCCUUCCUGUCCUUCAGGAAAUUGAGUCUUUUGCCCCAGGAGACGAAGUGUCAGAAGAGAUUGUGGGACAAAUGUGUAAUGCAUGCACCAAACUCCAUAAUGCCCUGGCAGAGAGAGGCAUGCUGGGAAGGCACUGUAAAAAGAGGUCCAUCAUCCUAAGAACACUAUUCAGACUUAUAGAUAUGGGAUCAGAUCGACUUAACCUAACCGUAGCUGAACUCAUUUUGGCACUUGAUGUGAAUGGAAACAACUUGUUGAACAUCUGCAAACUCGUCUUCAAAAUCAGCCGCAACGCUAGUAAUGAUGCCCUGUUCCUCACAAGCUCCAUCCUAGACUCCCUUCUUUCUUUGCUGCAGUGUGAGGAUGUAUGGAGUAAAAGUGAGGCUGUGCUGUACUGCGUUGGCUCACUGAAGCUGCUCUCAGGAAACAGCGCCCUCUGCAGUCUGCUGCUGGUUAAAGACUUCAUCAGCAUACUGCUACAGCUCUCAAAGAAGCUUAUUCACAGUACACCUUCAACUUCUUCUAAUGUAACUAAUCACAGGGCAGAGGGAGAAGGCCAGCAUACCAUUGCAGGACAUGUACUGGUACAGGUCACUGCAGCUUUGAGAAAUAUAGCUGACCAGGCUGAGUCUCGGCCUUCCUUCCUGUCCAGCAAGGCAUUCGCUACUCUUUGCACGAUCCUUGAGACCCAUCGCAGUGAUCUGGAUAUCUGUAUUAAUGUGGCCCGAAUAUUCAGCAAGCUGUCUACCUACACCGAGUGCUGUUAUGCACUAGCUGAGACACCACACUGCUUCGGCCUAUUUUCAGACCUACUGAGCAAACACAGCAGGAAACAGGAUCUGGUAGUGCGUCUCCUGUUCACACUAGGGAACCUGACCGCCAAAAGCAUUGAAGCCAGAGAACGUGUCUACGAGGAGAAAGGGGGGAUAGAUUUUCUCUUAGAUCUUUUUCAGAUCUACCAAAAAGCACCAUCGCCUCCUGAGCAACAACCCUCUCCUGAAAGAGAGGACGUGUUGGUCAAACUCAUCAGAUUGUUGGCCAAUCUAGCAAUUCAUCCCACAGUGGGCACAGCAUUGGCUGCUAACGCUAUGUGUGUGCAGCUCCUACUACAAGUCUUGGAGUCAAGGUGUGUGCUGGAGAAUGAAGAGCUUGUGAUUAAUGCCGUGGCCACCAUCAACAACCUCUCUUUCUACCAGGGAGAGAGCUCAGUGGUCCGUUCCCAGCACAAACACAUCUCGCAGUUGUUACUUAAGCUGUUGUUGGGCUCCAGUAUGGAAGGUGUUUUGGAGGCCACACGGGUGUUUGGAAAUCUUUCUCAGAUCGAAGAUGUGAGACGCUUCAUCAUGCAGCACAAAGUGCAUCGGUUCAUGGUCACCCUCCUGGACUCGAAGAACCCCGAUGUGUGUUUUUCUUCAUGUGGAGUUCUCAUCAAUUUAUCUGCUGAUCCAGAAAACAGGGCUCUACUGAGGGUUGAGGGAACCAUGCAGAAGUUGAUUGAGUGUCUGCGUGACUUUGGACCUCAGGAUUGGCAUCUGGCUACUGUGUUGUGUCAGACCCUGUGGAACUGCUUUUUAGACGGAGAGUUGCAACAUACUGAAGAGUUACUAGAAAUCUUACAGCUCUACACAGACAGAGGGCGUUUGCAGUGGUCUGCUAAUGAUGGAGUCAGACAGGUCCAGGAAGCAUGCUGGGAGUUACUCUUUCUGCCUGUAGCUGAGAGGCUAAGACAACGUUUACAUAUUGAAGACAUUACUGAAGUCAGUCAGUAAGCUUGUCUGAUACACAUGUUCUUUGCAGUCUACACACACACACACACACACACACGAAUAUGAAUGUAUUGUGUGUAUAUAUUGCACUUUAAUACUCUGUCACUUUUAAUAUUUAAAACAUAUUUUGGACUGUAAAUGGUAAUAAGUAAUUAUGACCAACAAAUGUGCAAAACAACUUCUAUUGGUGGUCUAUUAUAUGCAACCUGAAGCUGUACUUGUCUUAGAUUGAAAAAAUGGUGUUUUAUACAAGCAUUAUGUGUUUAAAAAAAAAUUUGUUCUUUGUAUAAAACACUAAUGGUCAUCUCAGUGAUCUCAAAGACUUUAUUAAACAGACAGUUUUAGAAAAGUCUGUAAGGAACACAGAAUAGAAACAUUGUCAUACUUUCUUAAUACAAUCACAUCAAAUGGAUAUAAUAUGGCACUCCUGUUUUCUUAAAUCAACCAACAGUUACGUUUCACAGCUACGGUCUGAAAUAAUAUACAGUUCACAGCUGCUCUAGAGGUGAUUGGAAUACAGAAAUAUACAAAUGCCAAUGACCAAAACAUGUAAUGGGUGGUAAUUUGUUUAACUGGUUUGUGGUAAGAAACUUUUUUUCCCUUCAAUGUCCAGUGUGUAUAGGCAGAAACAACUUUUUCAGUUUCUAAGGGACUUCCAGAAAAUAUGCCAGUGACAUUGGUGGUAAUUUCCAUUUAAGAUGACCCUUUACUGGCAUUAACAAAACCUCAUAAGGAAAGAUAUUCAAAGAUACAGAUUAGGAAAUUACCAGUAGUUUAAAGGGACACUCCACAUUUUUGAAAAUAUGCUAAUUUUCCUGCUCCCCUAGAGUUAAACAACAGAUUUUUACCGUUUUGAAAUCAAUUCAGCCAAUCUCCGGGUCUGGCGGUACCACUUUUAGCAUAGCUUAGCAUAAUCCAUUAAAUCUGAUUAGACCGUUAGCAUCGCACUCGAAAAUAAACAAAGAGAUUUUUCCUUUUUAAAACUUGACUCUUCUGUAGUUACAUUGUGUACUAAAACUGAAAGAAAAUUAAAAGCUGCGAUUGGUUACUUUCAAUAGCAGGGGACUAUUUUCGGGCACCACGUUAAAUCAUUGCACCUGCUGCAGCCAUGUCACGGCAGCAAAGUACUUGAUUAUUACGCCAGAAUGAGAGUAUAGUUCCUAACAUAUCGGCCUAGAAAAUCACAACUUUUAAUUUUCUGUCAGUCUUAGUACACGAUGUAACUACAGAAGAGUCAAGUUUUAA